GUCAGAAGAGAAACUUAAGACAAGUCUUUUAGAUUCUGUCCAAGGUUACGAUAUCCUGUUUAGCCGUGCUUGUCUUAUUAUGGUGUUGAUGCCGUGUCUAUAAUUGCACUAAUUCUAAGCUUAUCGAUUGGACUGAUACUGGGUGCUUUUAAAAGGCUGGUGAAUUGGCUUAUAUUCUACAUCGCUGAAACAGAGUGAGAGAGAGGCGGAGACAGAAGGCUGCGGUUGGUUUAUCUCUACUAAGAGCGCGUUGGAUUUGGUUUGGCCUGUCUUCAUCUUGCUUGACAAGGAGUCUUUAAAACAAAAAUGUUACCCGGACUUUGUAUCGUCUUUAUUAUCGAUACGUUUCUGUUUGUUCUGGUGGGACACUGCCUUCCUGUGCCCGACUCUGGGCCACACAUUAUCAAUGGAUGGGGAAAGCCAGUGAGACUCAGACAUCUGUACACAACAAACAGUCGGGGGCUAGUCAGUUACUAUUUGCAGAUAAAUGAAGAUGGUAGAGUGGAUGGAACCACUUUUCAGAGUUCUUACAGUUUGUUGGAAAUCCGACCCGUCUCUUCUGGAUCUGUAGCAAUCAAAGGAGUUAAAAGUUACAGAUAUCUCUGUAUGGACAAGCAUGGGAAAUUACACGGCUCGCACACAUACACAAAAGAAGAUUGCUCCUUCAUUGAGCGGAUUCUGCCAGGCGGAUACAACGUGUACACGUCUGAGCAGCACAAGGAUCCUGUGAGUUUGAGCAGCACCAAACAAAGACUGCAAUCCAAAUGGAAAGGAUUGCCUCCCUUGUCUCAGUUCCUGCCUAUGGUCAGCACCAUUUCUGAGGAGCCGGUAGACUUUGGUUUUGAAGAUCUGGACCAGCCCUCUGAUUGGAGGUUUGGACUUUCAUCUCCCCCAGAGACUGACAGUAUGGAUCCCUUUGGAAUGAUAUCCAGCAUCUAUAUGCAGAGCCCCAGUUUCCACAAGAAGUAAACAAAGCAAUCCUUUUUUUAAAAGGCUCAUUGUCUAGCUUUUGAUUAAAUAAACCGUGCUUGGCUACCCAUGGAACCAGGGCACUAAACAGGGCACAGUGGAACCUGCUUUCUAAUUGAAACCGAGUGGAAACAGAAGGUUUUAUAUAAGCACCUAUACUGUACUAUACUGUGUAUGGCUUACCAAGUGCCUCAUGGCUUUCUGAAAACCGUUCUGGAAAAUGAUUUAUGAGAUGCUGCGUGUGUCUGUGACAUAAUCAUAUACCACUCCCCUUCAUGUAUGUAUCGAACAGGAAAACGUAUUGUGGAGGAAGCUUUUUGUUCUUCAGAAAACUGAAGGAACCUGUCUUUGUUUACCCUCGUUCAAGCACUUGCUUAUCAAAGCAAUAUUUAUAAUUCAUUAAUUUAAU